UGCUAGCAGUGCCUGGACUUUGGUAACUUGCCCUGACACCUGGCUUGGAUUUUUCGAUCACUUGUAGCCGGAGAAAUCGAUAUACUACAACGCCUUUCGUCUUCGAUCAAGCACGCUUUGAUUUGUUGUGAUUGGAAGACGCCACCAUGCUUUUGAGACUGAAAACAGAGUGGAAAAAUUAACCAAAACUCUAAACAUCAUGGAUAGAAAGUUUGACUGAGGACCUGUCUCUCAUUGAAAAGACUCCCACUCCCACAAUGCAGCAGCCGACAGACCUGAAACACCAGGUUCUGCUGGAGAUGCGGAGUAAAGGCGGGAAAAACCUGCCCUCCGACAUCAUCUCCUCCCUAGAUGACGGCCGGAAGCCGCGGAUGAUCUUCUCCUCCAAAGGGGGCGGGGCUUUGUCUCGGCGACGCCCCCAGAGCCAGAUCCUGGCGUCCAGCAACUACACACGCACCAAUCUAAACUGGAGCAGCCCACAAGGGAACGGCCUCGGCCGAUCCAACUCUGAGACGGUCACGUCGUUGUCCAAUCCGGACUUUGAAGUGCUCAACGGGAAUCUGAAAAUAAACUCUACCACGAACAGCACGGAGAGCCUCGACAACGCCUCGGCCAGCAAGACCAAUGUGGCAAGGUCAAGGUCGUCGUCUCCCCCGCGGAGUCCGAGUCUGUCGUCCACUCUCUCCCGGCCAGGCUCGGCCACCCGGACCAGCGUCACUUCGAUCUUCCCACGACCGGACAACAUAGACGAAGACGACUUAAAAUCUCCUUCUUCCACAAUAUCCUCACCUCGCCGGACUACGUCAAUAACCGCUACCCCUCCCCUGAUUCCUCCUCCAAAGACAUUCCUUGAGAGGCAAUCCUCUCUGUCUUCUUCCACCUCUUCCCUGUCCUCAGUAAGGAAAAGUUCUCAAAAAGCCCCCUCCCUUCCUCCCUCCUCCCCUCUCCCACCUCCCCAGUCUCCAUCUCCUAUGGAUAUCAAGGAUGACGAAGAGACAGAGUUCACCUUUCCUGCCUUGCCCCCGCCACCUGAGUUUCUGGAAGAAGAAAUAGACCAGCAAGUUACUGCCACCGCCAUCACCACCACCACCACUACCACCACAACCACAACCACAACUACGCAACUUGACGAAGAUUUGUCAACUUCCCAACAAGACACAGAAGAACCACCGUUACCCCCUCCACCACCCGCUCUGAACGAAUCAUUAUCGUCAUCAUCGUCCUCCUCCUCGUCUUCGGCUUCAAAAUCUUCCCAGUCUGAAAUGCCUCCUUCCCCCACCCCCUCCCGCACCCGCUCAGAGCCACCUCUUGGCGAGUGGCGAGAUACAUCGUUCUUAAUUACUCCUAAAGUUCCUGAGAAAGAGGAUCAGGACGACAAGUCUUCAAUAUCUCCCUCUGACGUGUUAGAGAACUUUGACAGCACACUCAGAGAGCACCACUCCCACUCGGAUUCAUUCCACAGUGAGCUAGAGGUAUCGCCCUCCCCUCAUCUCCUUGCUCCGCCAGAUGAGAAUCCGAACCGUAAACCUUCUAUGACGCAAAGCGAGGUGUUAGGGUUCUUCGACAGCGCGCUCCGAGACCAGUCUCUGUCCAUGUCUUCUCUCAACGACACCAGGGAUACCGACAUUUUCAAACACCGGUCGUUUUCCUCUGCUUCUGACCACCACGAACUUUCUGUUUACCGUGAAGUCACAACAGAUGAACUCACUGACAUUAUUGCAAUGAACACCAGCAACGAAAACAAGACCUUACACCCUGACGGUGUUUCUGCACCGCAAACUGGAAUUGAGGUUAAAAGUGUGUCUUAUUUUGAAGAAAAUAACCAAGAACAGAUGGACGCAACCCCUGACAUUGCAAGUUACACAGAAAGCAGCCUGGUGCGAGUAGAAAAUGGCGAGGAUCGUUCCUUGCACUCCGACGAAAGCCGUGAAGAACAAACCGAGCUCAGAAACACGCACCAACUUCCCCACAGUGCUGAAGGACAAAUAACAGUUGACACUUCUACUAUAGUUAAUGACACCCAGGAAGACAGCGGCAAGAUAGAAGCUGAGGGUGUCGUAGAAAAACUCUUGUCCUCUGCCAGUGUUUCAACACAGCAGGUUGGCGCUGAGUUGUCCACAUCUGACCAAGGUGUGGAUGCUGUUCAAGAACAAUCACACAUUGUCGCGAGCAGCAAUGGCGUGUCUUCUACUGAAUACACUGUGAAUGUAGACACUUCAGACGUCAACACCGUAAUUCCUGACAGCGUCAGCGCAGUACAUGAGGAUAAUGAGAUUACAACCUCCUUCCAAGUUCACGAAAAUGUUACAGAACAGUUGCUCACUGUCAGCACCACUGACUCUGAAGCUCUUGGAAACGAAGCAGAAACACAAGAGAUUGAGGUGAGUUAUUCAACCCAGAUUGACGAAAAAUCCCAAGAAAUUAUUCAAGACAAUGCUGAGACCCUAGAAGAAACUGAGAUGGAAACAUACAGCCAACUCGAAGAAAUUGUUCAAGAACAAUUGUUACUUGAGAACAGUACACCAAGUGAUACUCUAACAGCCAGUAGCAAGCAGCUCACAGAAACUGAGAUUCUUACGUCAAACCAGGCAGAGGAAACGUUGAAAGACCAGUUGCAAAUUGACACGAGCGGUCACGGAGGGUAUGAUGUUGAUGUAGUUGCAAAGGAGGAAGAUGGCGCGAUGAUGUUGAAAAGUGAGAGCAGCGAGGAGAGUGACCUUAGCCCUCGGAUAGCUCUCACCGAACUCCCAAUAUCGCCACGACGGACAAAACAAGGCAAAAGAAAUCUGGGGGGACUGAAAGUUACCAAACUGAAAUCAGACGUGAAGACAGUCCGGCAGCAAAUCAAACCGGGCACGGUAGACGAGUUAGCUUCUCUCUUUACUAAUCUGAAAGAACAAGAAGCGCUGAGCUCCGCUUCCCUCAAACAAGAAGACAAUUUGGAGAUGGAGUAUGAAGAAAAACUGGUAGAAGGUGAAACAGAAACAACCAAGCCAAGAGAAAAGAAGCGAUCUGUGGCGAGGGACAUUGCCGAAUACGAGCUGGGGAUAGAGCAGGCUGCUGGUAGUAAAAACUUCUCACAACUUCAUUCCGAAACCGACACUACAGUAGCAAGCACAGAUUUGUCUCAAAACGAGGUUGCUGCAGAAAUGUCUGCUGCCAGCAAUAUCUUAGAUCAAUAUCAGACUGACGCUGAAGUGACCACGACUGCCCUUGAACUUGAAUAUCAGCCCGGCACUGAACUGUCCACUGCUAGCCAUGAAUAUCAAACUAAAACAGAAAUGUCUAUUGCUAGCAAUGAAGUUGAUCAGUAUCAGGUUGACACUGAAGUAUCCGCUACUACCAAUGACCUUGCUGAAUAUCAGGCUAAAACUGAAGUGACCACUCCUAAUCUAGAAUAUCAUCCUGACACUGAAGUGUCCAGUGCUGGCUAUGACUUAGAUCAAUACCAGGCCGAAACUGAAGUUUCCUCUGAAUUAGUUAAUAAAACUGAGGUGUCCUCUUCUAGCCUUGAAUAUCAGCCUGACACUGAAAUGACCACUGCUAGCCAUGAGUAUCAAGCUACAACUGAAGUGUCCACUUCCAUCAUCGAUGACUUGGAAUAUAAGCUUGACACUGAAGAGAUCACUGCUAGCCAUGAAUAUCACGUCCAAACAGAGGUGUCCCCUGACACUGAAUUGUCCCCUGCCAUCUCUGAAUUAGAUCAACUUCUGGCUAAAAUUGAAGAGUCCACUGCUAGCAAUGUCGUAGAUCAGUAUCAGACUGAGACGGAGGUAUCGACAGCCAACGAGGACGUAAUCCAAACCCAGGCUGACACUGAAGCGACCAGUGCAGGUCAUGACUUAGACCAAUACCAGGCUGACACUGAAUUGUCCCCUGCCAUCACUGAAUUAGAUCAACUUCUAGCUAAAACUGAGGUGUCCACUUCUAGCCAUGGUUAUCAGGUUAACACUGAAGUACCGACUGCUAGCAAUGUCGUAGAUCAGUAUCAGACUGAGACAGAGGUAUCGACAGCCAACGAGGACGUAAUCCAAAACCAGGCUGACACUGAAGUGACCAGUGCAGGUCAUGACUUAGACCAAUACCAGGCAGACACUGAAUUGUCCCCUGCCAUCACUGAAUUAGAUCAACUUCUAGCUAAAACUGAGGUGUCCACUUCUAGCCAUGAAUAUCAGGUUAACACUGAAGUACCGACUGCUAGCAAUGUCGUAGAUCAGUAUCAGGCUGAGCCAGAGGUAUCGGCAGCUUUCGAGGACGUGUUCCAGUCUCAAGCCGAGAGAGAAGUAUCCAUUAGCAAUGACGUAAUUCAAGGUUCAGAGAAAUCUAUUACUGAUGAGGAUUUUUCACAAACAGAAACAGAAAAGUCUUCUACUGCUGUCUUCAACUCGGCACAGCCUGAAGCCAGCACCGAGACACUCACUGUGGACGAGAUCGUCUCCCAACUGCAGGUCGCCUCGACAGAAAAUUCUAGCCCAAGUGGUGACAUCAUCUCAGAUAAUGAGUCAGUUGUCGGAAAAUCUACAUCGAGUAAGGAGUUUUCACAAUACGAGACAAUUGAGGAGGCCACUACGGAUUUUACGACCUCUAAGACCACCCCACAGACGCCGGCCAGUUUGGAUUUCCCAGCCUAUUCCAGCACGACCCCACGACCCUCCAAGAAUGAGGACGAAUCCCGCCCCCUGCCGCGCAGAUUGUCUGCCUCGAGGUCUGAUCCCAGUUUGGAUAAAUUACCAGACUUCAGUGCCAUGAGAAUGCAACGAAAGGGAGGUUUUGAUUUCCUUACUGCAAGCAAGGCUAUUAUCCAACAAAUUAACAGCAGAAACAGCAGUCGAUCAAACUCUUUUAAAAAGGGCCAAAAGCCAGACUCUUUUGAUGAUCAGAAAUUUUCUGUGAGUAUCGGAAACAGACUCUUGCUCGAAGAUGAGGACUCGAUCUCCAGCACUGCCACUUCGUCCCGCGCGAGCACACUGACAGAUACACAGGCGACAUCGCUGCGAGCCACUCUCAAGUUGAAUGAGGCAGAGCACACACAGGGCCAAGAAACUGCGUCCCGUGUAAACACCGGGGAGGCAUAUUACUCAAACACGCAGCUCGAUGAUGGACAGAGCAAACACGACUCCUCUCUCCGUGACGAGCCGGCCGCCGGUUCUGUGAAUAUACGCGCACCUUUCGAAACCUCACAAUUCAGCGGAGGAGUGUCGGGGUCUAUUUUUACUUCAACUGAAAACACGAAAGAAGAAAGAGAAGAAGUAGGCUAUGGCAAAGACCCAGCUGAUAUAGCCUCGGGCUCUGUGGGGCGGGAGGAGAAUAACAACAACAUAAAAGAAGAAGAAGAAGAAGAAGGAAAGAAAGAAGAAGAAGACAUCGGAGAAUCGAGGAGGACGGUGACAUUCUCGACAAUAAAAACAGAGGUGUUAGCAGCGGGCUCGCUGACAACUGCUACCACUGUAGGGUUCAGUGAGGCGAAGAGCAGUUCUAAUGUGACCUCCGACGUUAGGAGCGCCGACAGCUUCGAUGAGGGUCAUAGAAAUGAUGAUAUUGUUUCUGACGGAAUGUCUAAUGAGGCUAGGAGCACGGCGACAAUGGAAAGCGAACAAACUGGUUUGGUCACACUGCAGGGGGCCGCGGGAACCUCCCCUGACACGCGCGCGGAUGUCGACUCGGUGAAAAACAAGGAGGAGGGGAACGAAGGAAUUUUGAGAAGAGAUCGCCAUCUUUGGGACUCGGGGUCCGAGCGCUCGACCAGUUCUGCAGGCGUUACUACGAGCAAAUCAGGAGUCUGGACUAAUGACACGGACACCGAAUCAAAGAAUGACGUCACAGUGAUUGAUGGUGAAGCAGACGGCGCUCAGAGUGGCGGGAUACCAGAGAUCACGAGAAGUGUUUCUUACUCCGACGCAAAGGAGAGGAUUUCUCAGUUUUUCAUUGCGACGGCGGCUGCGAAGGAGCAAAACAAAGUUUUAGUAGGAGAAGAGAGUGGAGGAGAGAUUAAAACCAGAGUAGAAGAGGUGAAGAGGACAGUUUACCCACCACUACCACCGCAUGUGUUGCCAGCCACAACAACAGGCGGGAGAGAAGAAGAAGAACAAGUAAACACAACGUCAGAAGGAGAGAAAGGGGAAAGAAAAACACGCCGCCACAGCAGCAGCGACAGCAGCAGCAGCAACAGCAGCAGUGAUUCCGAGAGAGAAGACGAUGACACUUUGCCUCCCCCGGAACGAGAGGACAGGGUAGAAAGUGAAAUCAGCGAGGACGACACGGAGAGAGAGAAAAACAGAAGGGAGGCGAAGGAGGAAUUAUUUUCAAACGAGGACUCUGACGGUCGGGGAUUGGCGGAGAGCGUGGCAAAUGUCAUCACGCGGCCUGACGGCAACCUACAAAGACAAACAAGGGAGAGUAGCUCGGCUGGUCUGUUUGCUCACGCAACACUAGAUGUAGAUGAGGAGAGCGGGUCUGCCGGGGGCACACAGGAUAGAGAUGUGCGUGUCGUUACUGCAACAUCUACAGCAGGUACAGCAGCUGGGGGGUCGAACCGUCGAGAAGGAGUGUCCGCAGAAUUUCAGCAGGAGUUGAGGGAGAGUUUGGCCAGAUUCGCUCGUGUUGAGAGGAGCAAGGAGGAGGAGGAGGAGGCUAAUCUUUCCUCGGAUGAACAAACCAGCCAGGAGCAGGGACAAGUGGAUUCCGAUUUCUUAUCUAUUCUCGAUAACCUCCAGUUGGAUACAGACAUCUCUUCGAAAUUUGUGGGGAAAUCUUCGCGACUUGGUGAAAGUCACAACUACGAUGUGAGCAAAGAAGUUGUUGACGAUAGUAGUGCUGUUCCGAAGGAUAAUUUUGUGAAUUAUACGGAAGAAGUGACAUCGUUUCAGGCAGUGAAAAAAGACUACUUGAACGAGGAGGCUCUGUUUGACAACCCCCACCACUCUGUCAGUGAGGUCAGUGCCGUGGAGAGUGAGAGAGAAGAUUUCCAUCUGGGCCUGAACCUCUCAGAGGCUGGGGAAUCCCCCACCCAGGCGAAGACUCACUACGCGGCGACGUCAUUGAACGGUGAGACUCAUGACGAAACUAUUCAGGAAUCUGUGACGACGUCAAACAUUAGUCUAGAAGACGAGAUCAAAGUUUUGCACGAGGAGUUGAGCCCACGAGUGAGUGCGGAUAACCUAUCGGAGAAAACUGUGAGUGUUGCCAGUGGUGGAGGUGGUAGCCACAGUGCCCGCAGUAGUGUGAGCAGCCGUUCAAGUCGGUCACGUGCAUCGAAAGGUAAACAAACUGUUUUUGACAGAGACUUUUUCGUCACCACUAAGCCAGCGGAGGAAUCAUCUGUCACUUCUCAGAGAUCUUCUAGCUCCGAGUCUUCAAGACGAGAGAGUGUUGUGGAGGUGGAGAGCCCUCUCAUAUCUAGCAACAACACCGCGUUUUUCACCGCAACGACAACAGAAACAACUACAACAGCAGCAACAAACGUAGUUGACGAACCAAAGCCAGAAAGCUCAGAGGCCGAAAACGUUGUUCUCCGAAGAAAAACAUCGUCCGCCUCAAGCCGGAGUAACACACAACUCUCCCGGCAAAGCUCCAACGUAUCUCUCCAAAGCGAGGCGACAGACGAGAUCAGAUGGUCCAAAGAUAAAUUCCGUUUUCUGAAAGAAGCGUUCGAAAAAGGCGACCCAGCCACAACUCCUCCCGAUCGCCCCCCUAGCUUCAGGGGCCGGAGGGUUAGCUCAGAGUUCAAACUAAAGCGUCCAUUGUCUUCUGCAUCAUCGACGAGUGACCUCGCGAACGGGUCACACAACGAGGGAAACAAAGAGGGCUUGCUCAGUUACAACCGGAGAGCUCUGACAAAACAAGUAAGUGUCGAUUCUCAGUCCGGCGGGGAGAAACAAGAGGUCUCUGUCACUUACACAGGUCGGGGAGACAGCGGGACGAGCGGAGAGUUAGAGCGAGUCCAAGACGAAACUGUGGUCAAAGAUUUAUCUUCCGCUGAUUCCGACAGCGAGAGUGACGGAAAGAGAGAAGGAUUUGCGGGACGAACGAAUAAGAAGACAGAACAGGGAUAUUCGUACGAUUUUGAGGGAGGAAACCGUGAUUUGGGGUCAAGGAGAUCGAGUAGCGUCAAAAGUGGAACUUCUAGAAGUUCGAGACGAAGGACAAGUAUUGAGACUGAGAGAAACAAACGCAGAGAUGACUCGUCUUCUUCUUCCGACAGCGACAGCCCUGUGACAAGAGCAAAGAGACAAAUUUCUGUUAAGAAAACGACAGAGCAAAACUCUCGCAGAGUCGAGAGAUCUGACAGUGUAAACAGCACCAAAAGCGAGGACAAAAUGACGGCGGUUGUAGGAGAAGUUUCUUCUUUCAGCAUCCACAGACAGAUGACGUCACAGGAAGAGACGUCGAGUGGAGGUGGUGUGUCCGAGCAGCCGAGGAAUGCCCGAGGGCUGGAGCAAAAUAACUCGGACGUCUAUCUGAUACAAGACCGACAGGGAGAUAUUUACGCUUUGCAAGAGGUCGACACAGAUAGCAAAAACCACGUGAAUGUUGUUUCUGAGCCAAAUAUUUCGACCCGGGUGGUAAAAACAACCAGCUCGCGUGGCGAAAAUGAGAGCCAGGGCUUUGUGACCCUGAAUGAUUCAACCGCUUCCUCUAGCUACAAUAAUUACCGCUCCGGGUCUCAAACUCGUACGGACCUGGUAGUGGAUAGCAGCGCUGUGGAAGACGACAAAGCGCGCGAAGUUAUUUCAGCGUUUUUAGAUUCCCAAGACGCCAAAACGCAUUCCAAUUACCACACAAAUCAUCAACAACAGCAACAGCAGCAGCGACAAAUUCAACAACAGCAACAGUACCGGACGCCAAAUGUUCACGAUUCAGGAUCAUUCAUGCGUGACGCCUCGUCGUCGUCUUCGUCCCAGUACUACACGGUGGACGGGUAUAACACAAGCUCUGUGGGUGGUGACGGUGGUGUCGGGGGCAACCCUUCGCCGCUCAACGGCGCGGGAAGAGUGACGGUGGUGAAUACAUCACAGCUCGGGGGAGCGGGAGACACCUCGUUCCAGUCAUCCCCCUCUCUCAACAACUCGCUGGUCUUACAACAGUCACAGGGACCGACUUAUUACAACAACGGAUACAGGGUCAUCAAUACCUCCGCCACCACUCCAGGUUACGAUUCAUCGGUCACCCAAGAGCAGUUGAGAAACGCUACCAUCAGCGUGCAGAAUACGGUGGAUACCAAAACGGAUAACUCUCAGACUUGGCGAACGCCUGGAUUUGAACCGUACACCACCGGCACCGGGGCUCAGGACAACCACAGCAGCUCCAUGGUGGUCACUAACUACAACACCCCUCAGCAGCAGGUUUUCCUGACCAACUCCAACAACCCUGUUAUAGAUACCACAUACAACAACAGCUACAACAACAACAACGACUUCAGCAACUCCACACUGGUCCAACGAUCUCCCACGUCAUUCCAGCCUCUGUCUGUCAAUGUCAACCAAAGCCCAUACCAAACGACCAAUGGCAUCGCUCCAUUCCAAACCACACCAAUCAACAUCACCACCACGACCAGUGCUGUGGUUGGAGAGAAAGUGGACAUGCAGAUCAACUUCCAGGGCAAUGAGCAGCCUGAGCAGUACGUCACAGCAAACGCCGAACUAGUGAGCUCAUCUUCGGAUGACGAAACUAAGCGUAGGUUUGUCGUGAGGGCGUCACCGAGGAAGAGUUCUCUCAAGAAAACCUCCAAGUACGCGGACAGCGUCCAUAACGACAGUAGCUCGGACAUGGUGUUCAAGAAAACAGAAACCGUGACCGCAGACGUGAAUCUGGGCGGGAAGAAAAGAGAAAUAACUCUGUAUCCGGUUGACAGUAGGGAUCAGCAGCAGCAGCGCUCGAGCUAUCGGUCUGUCAGUUCGCUCGACAGUCUGUCCCCCUCCUCGGUGGACGCGCCCGCCUACAAGGUAUACACGAGUUCAAGAGGUCACCAGCCGCGUUCAUUAUCCCCCGACACCCCCGUGACGUCACCGCGUUAUGACAGUCGCGAGUAUCUCUCACAAGACGAAUACCACCGGAGGGAUGAGGACAGCUCGACUUUCUCAACCGCCAAUUUCGACGACAGCGCUAAUAACAGCCGGUGGAGAAUCCGCACUCUGUCGACCAGUGUCCCCGACGGACUGCACCGUAUGACGUCCACGGACAGCAGAAGUGGCCGCGGUCGGAGCAGAACGCCGGAAAACCACCAGACGAACAGCCGAGAGGAGAAAUCGUACAGAGUUGUCAAAAACACCAGCAAAAAACACCACAGUCCCGAGCGGUUCUUCAAAAACGCCAAACUGUCUCUGAGGAGAGACGAUUACGAGUCGAAAGACGAUUAUUCGUCGGAAGAAGAGCAGGGCGGGAAGAGGUACAGAACCGUCACUCACGUUUACUUGGAAGGGGACAAACCUAAGCCAAGGUCAAGGUCUCAAAGUCCGUCAUCGUCAUCAUCCCGGUACAAAGUCUCCAAUGUUCAGAGCCAGUCCUCUUUCAACAGGAAGCAGGAAGAAACGAUCAGAAACGACGGGAAGCUGUACGAAAUCGUCAACGUCAAACAGUCGAAAAGGAACAACAAAUCCUUUGAAUCGGAUGAAGAGUCAGAGCAAAGCUUCACAGAGCAGAAACAUCGGUACCGCGUAGUCGGAACGUCAGAAGACGGUUUGAACAGAAAGAGCGCGCGCGCUCACUCGAGUCCCAAGUUCAACGAACAGCAUGAGAAAUCGUAUGAGGAAGCGAAGGUCACACGCACGAAGCGAGUGCAGCCAUCUAGGCUCCAGAGCUCGCCGUCUCCUGCCAACACGCACCGAACGGUCAUACAGCUGGAUAUAGGCGACCACAAGAAGGUAAAAGAAACUGCAAGACGUGACACAGAGGAGGACGAGGAGGAGGAGGUGACGGGCUCCAGAUACAAGGUGAACCGUGUCAAGUCUGCAGACACCACCAGGUCUUCUGACAUCGCGUCCAGAGAUUCCACGCUCACACACAUCAGCGUCAACAACACAUCUAUCGCUGACGGCUCGAAGCUAUGGCGGACCGGAAGGUCUGGAAGCUCGGAUAGGUUGGAGAGAACAAAUUCGAGUAGUGACGACUCAGAUAUGGAGAACACUGGGGCCUACAACUUGUCCCCACGCUUGGUGAAGACAAGUAAGCAGAAAGAUGGCAGAAAGUUGUACGUGGUCAAUAGCAGCACGGUUAACGAGCAGAGCCCCGACAAGGGACCCGUUGUGUUCCCUCCAGGCUCGUUCCGAUCAACCAUAGACAUUAACCAAGAAAAACCUGUCGAGGAUAACAGACAAUACGUCGUUUACAGCAAACCCAGCAACGAGAACUUCAACGCUAGCCAAAGAUUCUCCAGCGAGAGAUCAGACACGCAGAACAACAGAACGGAGAAGACCGUUUAUUUCGUGAGAGACUCAUCAGCUCCCUCAAAUCUGUCCAGAGGACAGCACAGAUCACACACGUCAGAGUUCGUCUCCCCAGACUCUGGACAAGGCACCGAAGUAGCCAGCUCGGACGGAGAAACAGAAACUGUGAAGCAGAAUUUCGAGCGGGUAGAGAGAAUCUACGAGGUUCGGACAGAUCCUCAACUACCCGAGCACCUCCGAGACGAAGCGGCGGAGGAGGUCAUAGCUAAAGACCUUCGCGUUCUCCGCGGAAAAAUCCUCAUCAAGAACCGUUUGGACGGCGCUUCGAACGUCGAUGAGGAUGAGUUUGAUGAGAACACCAACAUUUUCGAUAACAGUUUCCACCUGGGCAAGGACAACCCUCUGUACUCCAGUGACCAAGACCUCCUGGCCAGUCUGCAGAAAGAGGAGGAGGAGGAGAUGGCGAAGCAACUCAACCAGGAUAUCACCUUCGAGACUGUGGAUAGAAUCGCUCACAAGUACAAGGGCCAGUCGGGCCAGGAAAUUUUCGGCGACAUCGACUUCAUCCACGCGGACGGCCAGCGCACGGCCUCCAGAAACACCAGCAACUUUGACAGCGUCAACGAGAAAGUGGAGCUGACCUUGCAGCAAGGGAAGGCUUACGUCAUCAUCAAGGUGAUCGCUGAGCGCAUCGUGCCCACCGACUACGAGUUCAACGUGUGGCGGAAGUCCCAGGCAAUCGUCACCAGACAGAUCGAGAUAGACCUGCUGGCCAAUGACCAGAGGAGGCGUCUCUACAACCAUGUAAUGGACACUGUCGGCCCUCCCAUGAGUGCUAUCGAAGAUGGCCGAUCACGGUCGCGCGACGUGUCUCGCUAUGAGACGGAACAGUUGGCCCCUCACGAGAGACAACUCAGCGGCAUGGAGACCCUUAAACUCUUCUCGCAGAUCUUGGAUGUUGCAGAUGGCAAGGGUGACGUAGACCACACGAACAUGCGCACUCGACAGGAAAUGGGACAGCUCCCACCCGUCUCUGGAGCUGAUUUACUGUAUUAGACUUACCAAUGAAAA